AUGGUGAACCGGCCCUGGAAGCAGAAAGGCGUUUGCGGGCGCUCGGAAGGGCGCCCCGAGCCCAACGGGAGCGAUCCCCCACACCGGCGACAGGAGAGCCGCUCCGAGAGCAGGGGGCCCGCCAGCCUCGGGCCGUCGUCCAGGAGGAAGAGAGAGAAAGGCGGGGGUCAGGACGGCACGAGCACCGCGCUCUACGUCGACCGUCGCAAGUCCAAGGUGUGGAACUACUACACCAAGCUGGGAGACGCCUACGUGGAGUGCAACGUCUGCAAGAAGCAGCUCUCCUUCCACAACAGCACCACCACGAUGCGGGAGCACCUGGUGAGGAAGCACAGCAUCCGCGACACCUUGCUCUCCCAGCUCAAGGACGACCAGACUUCCGAAUCCGACUACGCGGCUCAGGAAAACGCCGUGAAACGCUCCCGGCAGACGCCGCCGGAGAGCGGCCUCAGCCACGCCGCGUCCUGCUCGGAACCCAGGAGCGACGUGAUCCUGGAGCUGGUGCUGGAGAUGAUCUUCCGCGACCUGCACCCUCUCUCCAUGGUGAAGGACAAAGGGUUCGGGCUCCUCCUCGGGUACCUGGAGCCGAGUUUUACCCUCCCGUCGCCCGUGCAGCUCUCCAGCAUGCUGUGGCACAGGUACAACGUGGUCAAGCAGCACCUGGAGCGCUACCUGCAGACGGCUCAGGCCAUCGUGGUCUGCGUGGAGUUCUGGGUCUCCCAGCUCAGCCAGACCUACCUGACUGUCACAGCCAGCUUCAUCGACGGGGAGUGGCGGCGGGGACGGUGCGUCAUGGAGACGCAGCAAGUGCACGAAGACAAAGCGGAGGGCGAUUUAGGGGAGAAGCUGCAGGCCGUCCUCUCCGAAUUCGGGUUGUCCAGCAAAUCUGUCUUCUGCGUUAUGCACGACGGCCCGCAGAGCACGGCGGCGAACUCGCAGCCGCUGAAGAACGCGUACGGCUGGAGCAGCCUGUGCUGCGCCGCUCGCACCCUUCACCUCUGCAUCAAAGCGGGGCUGGAGGUCGAGCAGGUCCAAGAAGCCCUCAGCACCGCCCGGGGCAUCGUCAGGUACUUCCAGCAGGACGCAAAAGCCACCUGCUCCUUAAACAGCAAGCUGGAAGCCAUCAAUAAAACCAAGCUGAAACUGGUGAUGGACGUGGGGUCUCGCUGGAUAACCACCAUCGAGAUGUGCGAGAGUCUCUUAGACCUGAAGUGGGCCAUCAUGUCCGUGCUGGAGGAACACCCCAAGGGCACGGCGGCGGUCCAGAACCUGGCCGACCACCAGUGGAAGCUCCUGCAGGACCUGGUGCCGGUCAUGAGGACGAUCAAGAUCGCGACCUCCUUCCUGCGCGAGGAGCAGAACGUGUCCGUAUCGUCUCUGAUGCCUUGCAUCCACGGGAUCGUCGCUGCCAUCGGACAGCAGUCGGAAGAGGCCGGCGCCGUCAUCAAGACGGUAGUAGGCAACAUCAGGUCGGAGUUGACGCGGCGCUGGGGGCUAUCGGAGGAUGAGAAGGUGCUAGAAAGCCCAGCAGUUAUUGCCUCUUUUUUGGACCCGCGCUUCAAGGAGAUGAGGUUCCUCAGCCCGGGGCUGAGAAGCGAGCUGCACAAGAGAGUCAAAAACAUGCUGUCGCAGGUUUUCAAUCACCAGUCCCCACCUGCCACCCACUUUUGGAUGCCAAACUUGGAUUACAAAGCCGAGGGCGGAGACGCAGGCAGCCAGCUGGCCGCUCACAAGGACAGAUGCUCGAGCACCCCGUCGCAGAGCAUGUACGACAUCCUUCUGGGGAAGGACCCGACGGAGAGCAUGCCCGAGAUCCACCAGCAACUGGAGAACUACAUCGUGGAGCCUCUCUGCAAGCGCAGCACCGACCCGCUGGACUGGUGGAAGAACAACGAGCAUCGCUUCCCGGCCGUGGCACACAAACGGGUGCAGCAACACCACAACUGGAUACGGCGCUUUAAAUACUGCGAAAGGCCAGCGCUGACUCCGCUAGACAACCGCGAGGACUCACAGCAGAUCAAAGGGGUUUAA